AUGCGGGUCGCGCCUAACUGGGUCGUCUGCAGCGAGGGCGACGCACUGCGUGGGCUCUGGGCAGCCCGCUCGCCCUGGAAACGAGGCCAGUGGUAUCGAGGUCUGCGUUUCGAUCCCUACUCGGAUAGCGUAUUCACCGCCUUGAAUGACAAGUACCACGAUACUCUCCGUGCCAGACUCGCCGCUGGGUACGCCGGAAAAGACGUCGAUGGCGUCCAGGAAUUGAUAGACGAACAAGUCAGUGAGCUUGUCAACCUCCUAGAGACUCGCUACCUCUCGACCGACACCGAGUAUCGCACAGUUGACCUUGCCGCAAAAGUACAAUUCUUUACCCUGGAUGUCAUCUCCGCCCUAGGCUUUGGCAAGAAGUUUGGUUAUCUGGAAGCGGACGCCGAUGCGCUUCGGUACAUUGAGAUCACUGAGAAGUCAGUCCCUGUACUACUGGUCUUCGCCCUUCAGCCCUGGAUGUUGAACAUUCUCCAAUCUCCCGCGCUCAAGUUCCUCUUUCCUGACGCGAAAAACAUUAUCGGCAUCGGAGAUGUAAUGCGGAAAGCGACUGAGGCUGUUUCUGAGCGUUAUGGGGAGAAGCCCAUUGUCAAACGCGACAUUCUUGGCUCAUUCGUGUCUCAUGGGUUGACACAAGAGCAGGCCGAAGGAGAGACUACUGUCCAGAUCAUCGCCGGCUCCGAUACCACCGCCACAACAAUACGUUCUACCAUAUUAUUCAUCAUAACUAAUCCACAUGUCUACGCUCGUCUACAAGCCGAAAUCGAUUCUGCUGUACAGGAAGGGCGCAUCUCUUCCCCAAUCACAGACGCAGAAGCGAGGAAAAUCGAUUAUCUUCAAGCUGUUAUCAAGGAGGGCCUGCGAAUCUGGCCCCCGGCGACAGGUCUAUUACCCAAAGUGUCUCUGCAGAAUGAAGUACUUUGCGGAACUCAUGUUCCCGCGGGAACCAACGUUGCAUGGUCGCCUUUCUCGGUCAUGAGGGAAAAGAAAGUCUUCGGUGAAGACGCGGACAUGUUCCGACCCGAGCGAUGGCUUGACAUAUCCAAAGAACAACAUCGUUUGAUGGAGACCCAGGUCAUGCUGUUGUUUGGAGGAGGAAGUCGAUGGGAAUGCCUUGGCAAGAACAUUGCGAUGAUGGAGUUGAAUAAAGUUUACGUUGAGCUUUUAAGGAGAUUUGACUUUGCAAUCGUUGAUCCAUCGAAGCCGUGGAGCUCCGUGAACUUCGCGGUGCACAUUCAGAAGGAGUUUAACGUCAAAGUGACACGGCGCGCUGUACCUGUCUGA